GAGUGGAGGAGGCUGCAUGCGGAUCGGAUGCCGAGGGGCGAACAUGGCUGCUGCCCUGCUGGGGGCAUUAAGAAGGAACACGAGCUGAGGAGCUGGGGCAGCUUCGUUAUGGAUGGAGGAAAACUUGCCCCGCGAAUGCCCCAGCGCCACCCGCUGCCUCUCCGGUGGUGAGGGGGGAGGGGCUGCUGCAGGAGGAGAGGGCAGAUCCGGGUGCAUGGCAGAGCGAUACUGAAGAUUCUCUUGGCCGAGGGGCCAUGGAGAUGCUGUUGUCUCUGCUGGUGAUGGGAGCCCUGGGGCAUAUGGGGGCAGCACAGCAUUGCCCCGGCCGCUGCAUCUGCCAGACCAACUCUCCGACCCUGACCAUGCUGUGCGCCAAGACGGGGCUCCUGUUUGUGCCACCUGCCAUUGACCGUCGGACGGUCGAACUGCGCCUUACCGACAAUUUUAUCACCAUCAUCAGACGGAAGGACUUUGCCAACAUGACCAACCUGGUGCACCUGACUCUGUCGCGGAAUACCAUUAGCCAGAUAAUACCGCUGGCGUUCUCCGACCUGCGCGCUCUAAGGGCCCUGCACAUGAACAACAACAGACUGUCUGCUCUAAGACACGAACACUUCAGAGGUCUGGGUAAUUUACGUCACCUCAUUCUGGGUAACAACCAGAUCAAUUCCAUCCAACAGGGCGCCUUCAACGAGUUCCUGUCCACGGUGGAGGACCUGGACCUUUCUUACAACAACCUGGAGAUGCUGCCUUGGGAGGACAUCGGGCAAAUGGUCAACCUCAACACACUGACCUUAGACCACAAUUUAAUUGACUACAUUGCAGAAGGGACAUUUACCAUGCUUAAUAAGUUAGUGAGACUCGAUAUGACCUCCAACCGAUUGCACAAGCUGCCCCCAGACAACCUCUUCCUCAGGUCUCAGGUUCUGGCCAACGCGAGAGGCUCCAACCCUUCAUCUCUAUCCAUCAGCUUUGGAGGGAACCCUCUGCACUGCAACUGUGAACUUCUCUGGCUCCGACGCCUAACCAGAGAAGAUGACCUGGAGACAUGCGCCUCCCCGGAGCAGCUGACCGACAAGUAUUUUUGGUCCAUCCAGGAGGAGGAGUUCAUAUGUGAUCCUCCGCUUAUCACCCGACACUACUCCAGCAAGCCCUUUGUCAUGGAAGGGCAAGCGGUCAGCUUAAAGUGCAAGGCAGUAGGAGACCCCGAGCCAUCGAUCCAUUGGAUUGGCCCAGAUGGGAAGCUGAUCCACAAUACAACCAGGAUCUUGGCUCAUGAUAACGGGACGCUGGAUAUCGUGAUAACCACGCUAAAAGAUAGCGGUGCCUUCACUUGCAUUGCCUCCAACGCGGCCGGAGAGGCCACCGCCCCUGUGGAUUUGGCAGUGGUCCCCCUUCCACUCCUGGUCAACAAUACGGCACACAUGAAAGAGUCGGAUCCUGGGUCCUCUGACAUCACAACCUCCGCAAAGUCCGGAUUCAAUGAUACCAAGAACCUGCAGGACAGAAGGAUUGUGGUGGACAAACUCAGGUCCACGUCUGUGGUCAUCCAGUGGCCGCCCGAGCGCCACAUUCCUGGAAUCCGCAUGUAUCAGAUCCAGUAUAACAGCUCGCUCGACGACUCUCUGGUCUACAGGAUGAUCCCCCCCGGUAACCGCAGCUUCCUGGUGAACGACCUGGCGCCCGGCCGGGAGUACGAUCUCUGCGUCCUGGCCGUGUAUGACGACGGGAUGACGUCGCUGACCGCCACUCGGGUGGUGGGCUGCGUCCAGUUCAGCACGCGGGAAGAGCCGGGCCGAUGCCAGCCCCUCCACACUCAGUUCCUGGGGGGCACCAUGAUCAUCAUCAUCGGGGGGAUUAUCGUGGCGUCCGUGCUGGUCUUUAUAAUCAUCCUGAUGAUCAGAUACAAGGUGUACAGCGGCCAAGAGGAAGGAGGCAAAGCCGGAGUCAGUAACGUGUACUCCCAGACCAACGGGCAGCAAGCCGCCGCGUGUGCACACGCGUGUGCCAAGCUCGGAGACAAUAACUAUGAACCUUUGUCCAAAGAGCCUCCAGCGGAGGCCAAAGACCCCGGGAAAAGAGAGGAGCCUCCGCUUUCACCUGCCCCGACCCCUCUGACCAAGCUGGACAAGAGAAGAACUCAGACAUCAAAUGACCUCCAGACGGUGGCCCUCCUGUCCUCCCUGUCCGGGGAUGGAGAUCAGACGGAGACGAGCGCCUUGGGCUCCACCACCUCUCUGUGUCUGAUGGCCGCUGAAACGCAAAGUCGAGUCGGAGCCAAACCGGCCCCCAGGACUUAUCAGCACCGCUUCUCGUUUGAUGGAGACUACAGCCUGUUCCAGAGCCACAGUUACCCCCGACGGGCACGGACAAAGAGACACAUGUCCACCUCGGAGCUGCACACUCAGGAGGCUGCCCUGGGGCAUCGGAGGGUGGCAUUUAGUAGCACAGAGUGGAUGAUUGAGAGCACCGUGUGAGGGCAGCGGCCCUCGGGAGGGGCAGGUAGAAUGGAGGGGCAUUUCCGUUCCAUCCCCAUGCUUUGUUUCAGUGUUCACGUUGGGAUCUCCUUCCUCUGAAAUGUUUGCUGUCGCCGGGAUGUCUCCACGCGGGAGCCGUAUGAAGAAUGGGGGCCGAUCAUCGUCACCACCCCCGUACCCGGUGCCGCUU